AUGAGGAAAGAAAGCUACAAAGGAAAGAUCACCCACAUCCUCUCACCCACAUCCUCUAACCUACAUUCUCUCACCCACAUUCUCUCACCCACAUCCUCUCGUCCACAUUCUCUCACCCACAUCCUCUCAUCCACAUCCACUCACCCACAUUCUCUCACCCACAUUCUCUCACCCACAUCUUCUCACUCACACAUUAUCUCACCCACAUUCUCUCAUCCACAUUCUCUCACUCACAUUCUCUCACCCACAUUCUCUCAUCCACAUCCACUCACCAACAUUCUCUCACCCACAUCUUCUCACCCACAUCCUCUCACCCACAUUCUCUCAUCCACAUCCUCUCACCUACAUCCUCUCACCCACAUUCUCUCAUCCACAUCCUCUCACUCACAUUCUCUCACCCACAUUCUCUCAUCCACAUCCUCUCACCUACAUCCUCUCACCCACAUUCUCUCAUCCACAUCCUCUCACUCACAUUCUCUCACCCACAUUCUCUCAUCCACAUCCUCUCACUCACAUUCUCUCACCACAUUCUCUCAUGCACAUUCACUCACCAACAUUCUAUCACCCACAUUCUCACACCCACAUCUAACCCUAACCCACAUUCUCUCACCCACAUUCUCUCAUCCACAUCAUCUCACUCACAUUCUCUCACUCACAUUCUCUCACUCACAUUCUCUCACUCACAUUCUCUCACCACAUUCUCUCACCCGCAUUCUUUCAUCCACAUCCUCUCACCCACAAUCUCUCACCCACAUUCUCUCAUCCACAUCCUCUCAUCCACAUCUUCUCACCCACAUUCUCUCAUCCACAUCCUCUCUCUUACAUUCUCUCACUCACAUCGUCUCACCCACAUCCUCUCACCCACAUUCCACACAGGCCCAGUAA